UGCUAGUGGAAACCCUUGGGUGAAACUCAAGGGUUUAGUAACCAACCCAACUGCAUAGACUUUAGACAACCAUGUAAAUGGGAUUCCACUGUCAGAAAAGAGACCAGACUUUGAUCGCCAUGGUGGAUGUGAGGUGUCUGAGUGAUGAAGAAUUGCAGAGUGAACUCGACAAGCUUGGCUUUUCACCUGGCCCAAUCCUGCCUUCCACCAGAAAAGUGUAUGAAAAGAAGUUAAUGCAAUUGUUGGUCUCCACUCCCUGUGCAUCGCCUGUGAUGAACGGACCCAGAGAACUGGACAGCGCUCAGGACUAUGAUGACAGUGAAGAGCUUAAUGCCACUAUCAUUUUGAAAGGAAAUAUCAUACUCUCACCAGAAAAAAACAAGGGACCCAAAAAAAGACCCGAGGCUUCCACCGGUAAACCAAAAGCCCUAGAUAUCUCCUGCCUGGAUUGUAAACGUCCCGAGGGAAGAAGGUAUGCUGCAAGACCAUCAAGCAUCAGACUCAAAGCAUGCAGCAACAUCAGAGAGAGAGCCCUCUGCAUGAUCAACAGGAGAGCUGGGAGCAAGAACCUGGAAACAUUUCCAGUGGGCCUGAAACUGGCUGUGUUUGGCAUCUUCAUCAUUGUGAUAUUCGUCUACAUAACUGUGGAAAGGAAGCCGCUCUUUGGUUAAGUGCCUUGGAAGCAGCGAUGAGUGCUGCUCCCUGCUCUCCUGCUUCAGGACAGAAAAGAGGCGGCGCCUAAGGGGGAGGCCCAGCCGCUUGGCCCGGCCUCCGCCCUUGUGCUGUGCUGCUCGAAAGGAUCUGGGCUCAGCCGGGUGGAAGGACUGAGGGAGAGAACCCAGCACUUGGGUCAAAGAGCUUGAGAGUAGAAAAUUCCCUGAGUGGCCAGCAUUAAAGGUAAUUUCACGUUUGUGCAGUCCUCUAAAAAAGGAAACUGGCCUGGUGUUUUUCUUUUUAACUGUGGUGAU